AUGUGUGACCGCCGCCUUCUGCGCGCCGCCAGCCCGUGCAGCUGGGGCCUCACGCUGCCAGAGGCGGUGGGGUUGCGCGAGGUCGCGGUCGGCGUGCGGGAGGGCACGGGACUCUCGGAGGCCCUCUGCCUGCGGGGCGCGUCGCGGGCCCUGAGGGAGGUGGUGUCCGCGACGGGCUUCCGCGAGACGUCCUCCCCGCACCUCUUCGUCUGCGGCGGGGAGAGCAACGGCCAGUUUCUGAGCUCCGUGGAGUGCCUCGACCCCGCCACGGGCGGCUGGCAGACGCUGCCCGUCGGCCUCCGGCGCGGCAGGCAUUGGGCUGCCGCCGCGGCGCUGCGGGGCGCCGUGUACGUGUGCGGCGGCAGCGACGGGCGGCAGGUGCUUAGCUCGGUCGAGGCCCUGGAGGUGGCCACGCUGGCAUGGCGGGACAUGCCGCCCAUGCUCGAGCGCAGGGAAGGCGCGGCGGUCGCGGUGGCUGGAGGCCGCCUCCUCGUCGUCGGAGGCGGAGACGGGCGAUCCAUCCUGCGCUCGGCGGAGCGCUUCAGCCCAGGGGCGCCCGGCGAGUGGGACGCCCUGGAGCCCAUGGGCCACUGCCGGCUGGGUUCUGCCGCGUGCCACGCCGGCGGCCACGUGUACGUCUGCGGGGGCAACGGUGGCGAGACCUCGCUGAGCUCUGCGGAGACGCUGAGUUUGGCGACGGGCGCUUGGGAGGAGCUGCCUGCGAUGGAGCAGCAGCGCGAGCGGUUCGCGGCCUCGUGCGUCGGCGGCUUCUUGUACGUGUGCGGAGGGUGCGACCACCGCCAGGGCCCCCUUGCCUCCGUGGAGAGGCUCGACCUGCAGGCGCUGCGGUGGGAGAGCCUCUCCUCCAUGCCCCGUGAUCGCCGUCACGGUGCGGCAGCGGCAACGCUGGCUGGCCAGAUUCUCGUGUGCGGGGGCAGCUACGGAAGGCACGACCUCCGGCUGGUGGAGUGCUUCGAUGCGCCCAGCAACCGGCACCUGGUCCGAGUGCCCGCAGAUGCUGGCGCCGAGGAGCAACGCGGCCGCCGCGUCGCUGCGCGCCUAGCAGCUGCCUAG